AUGGCCAUGACUGACCUGCUUGCUGUGUCUGACAUAACUUCUGCUAUCAAUGCUUGUCAAGCCACUGAUUCCUUUAACCCUAAGGUCUUUUUUGCCAUGGUGGGUUUGUCCAAGAAGUCACCGCUGGAGAUUGAGAAAGUCUUCAGAAUCCUGGACCAGGACAAGAGUGGCUUUAUUGAACAAGAUGAGUUGCAGCUGUUCCUGCAGAACUUCUCCAAGGGAGCACGAGCUCUGACCGCUGGAGAAACCAAGGCAUUCCUGCUGGCAGGAGACAUGGAUGGGGAUGGCAAGAUUGGAUGGGAAGAGUUCUCAGCCCUGGUCAAGGCUUCAUAA